AUUUCUGAUUUUAAUAUUUUCCCCAAAUUCAGAGAGGCAAAUAAUCUCUUGACCACUGGGCUUUAUGAUAGGCUGAGAAUCAAACCACACCCUUAACCAAAUUUUCCAGUUCCACUGCUUUUGUACUGUUUUUGCUCGAGUCUCAUGCUCAUUCGAUUUUUUUCCCCUUGAUUACACAUAUUGUGCAAAUUGUCUUCAUUACUUGCAAAAUUUGAGCACUUUACGGGCAUUUGCAGUCAGCUUGAGGUUUCCUGCCACGUUACUGAUGUCACAAAGCUUUUUUCCAGAACUCACUCAAGUAUAAAGAGACAGGGGGAUACCUCCACAGUUAUUAUUACAUGACACAAUGAUUAUCACACUUAUUAGAAUCUUUAUAAUAUUUAUCCCGCUGGGAUUCGCUCUGCGUGUGUCUCAGCCUUAUCGUGUGGUAGGAAAAGAGGGAGAAGUGGCACUCCACUGCUCCUUUAUUCCAAAGUCAAGGCUAGAGGAAAUGCAGGUUUCUCUGUAUAAAGGUUUGCGUGGCCAGGAGAAGAUCUGCAGCGUUUUUGUCAACCUCUCUGAGCCCUACUUUACAACAGAUGGCACAGUUAAUUGCAGAGGGAAUAUUAGCUCUGGAAGAGUGGAUAUGAUCAUCACUGGACUCAGAGGGGAAGACACAGACCUCUAUCGUUGUGAGAUCGAGAUUCUCUUCCCACCUCCAUAUCUCAGAGGGGUUGGGAACGGCACUGUUGUUUACAUACAAGAAACCCCAAACUGCCCCACUGCAUCCACCUUGAGCCAGAGUCAAAGCCAGAAGCAGACAUCCGAGCGGGAAUCCGUCAAAAAUGAUGUGGGCCCACUUCCACUGCUAUAUGCCAUUCUAAUCAUCACUUCCUGCAGCUUUAUUCUACAGAUGAUCAUCUGCAAAUGGAGGGCUCCUUCGUCUAUGGCACCAAUGCUUUCACAAAAAGAGAGCUAUAUGAAAUUCUAGGGGGGCAAUCUCCCCAUUUACAUGUACUCACAUGUAUUCUCACCUGCAUGUACCUGCAUGUCAUUUUCUCCUGCAUGUAUUUACAUGUAUUUUUUUACUGCAUGUAUUGGCAUGUACUCACUGUAUUUUACAGUUCCAUGUAUGUAUUCUCACCUGCAUGUAUUCACAUGUAUUUACAUUACAUUUGAACAUUGUUUUUUUUCUUUCAUUUUAUUAAUGAAAUAAACAUAUUUGUUUUAAAACAAAAAUAA